AAGGGGGCGGGCGGCUGAGGGCAUUUACGGCGCCGUAAACACCCUAAUAGAGCGGAAGAGGCAUUCCUGGGCCCCAAGGGCGCUGCUGUCCGCUUGAAAACACCCAUCUGGAGGGGAUAGACAGCUCCUCCGGACGAGUUGGAGCAGUUUUGCAAGGAAUCGGGUUUCUAUGCAGUGGGAAGGGAGCUUCUUCCUUCUGGUUUGCUUUGGGGAGUAACAGCACUCACCCACAGCCUAUGCAGGAUGCCCGCUGUCUUCAAGAGUUACAGUCUGGUGGGCUGAUGGAGGAAUGAGCUGGCAAUGCCAAAGCCUGCUGCAACCAGUCACACCUUUUCUCCUGAACAAGUUUGAGCACCUUUGAGAUGAGGAGCAGAAGCAACUCUGGAGUCCGCUUAGAUGGCUAUGCGAGGCUUGUUCAGCAGACUAUUUUGAACCUCCAGAACCCAGUUACAGGGCUGCUGUCUGCCAGCACAGAACAAAAGGAUGCCUGGGUGCGAGAUAACAUCUAUAGUAUUUUGGCCGUGUGGGGCCUGGGAAUGGCCUAUAGGAAGAAUGCAGAUCGGGAUGAAGAUAAAGCCAAAGCAUAUGAAUUGGAGCAAAAUGUUGUAAAACUGAUGCGAGGGCUUCUGCAGUGUAUGAUGAGACAGGUAGAUAAGGUUGAAAAGUUCAAGCACACGCAGAGUACCAAGGACUGCCUGCAUGCCAAGUAUAACACAGCGACUUGUGGGACAGUAGUUGGUGAUAAUGAAUGGGGACAUCUGCAAGUAGAUGCCACUUCCCUUUACCUCCUCUUCCUGGCUCAGAUGACAGCAUCAGGAUUACGCAUUAUUUUCACUCUUGAUGAGGUUGCUUUUAUACAGAAUCUUGUGUUUUACAUCGAGGCAGCAUACAAAGUUGCUGAUUAUGGCAUGUGGGAACGUGGUGACAAGACCAACCAGGGUAUCCCUGAACUGAAUGCAAGCUCUGUAGGAAUGGCCAAAGCUGCAUUGGAAGCCAUUGAUGAACUGGACCUUUUUGGAGCUGGAGGAGGACACAAGUCAGUGAUUCAUGUCCUUCCAGAUGAAGUUGAACACUGUCAGUCUAUUUUAUACUCCAUGUUACCAAGGGCCUCUACGUCAAAAGAGAUUGAUGCUGGACUCUUGUCCAUUAUCUCUUAUCCAGCCUUUGCUGUAGAGGAUAUGGCUCUCGUAAAUGCAACCAAAAAUGAAAUUAUCACCAAAUUACAAGGACGAUAUGGCUGCUGUCGCUUUAUUCGAGAUGGCUACAAAACACCAAGAGAGGAUCCAAACAGAUUGCAUUAUGAUCCUGCUGAGCUCAAAUUGUUUGAGAAUAUAGAAUGUGAGUGGCCUGUAUUCUGGACCUAUUUCUUAAUUGAUGGUGUGUUCAAUGGAGAUAGAAUUCAGGUGCAAGAGUACAGAGAGGCCUUGGAGGGGAUACUCAUUCGAAAAAAGAAUGGGAUUCUUCUCAUGCCAGAACUGUAUGCUGUUCCUCCAGAUAAGGUAAAUGAAGAGUAUGAAAAUCCUCACACAGUGGAUCGUGUCCCAGCUGGAAAACUUCCUCACCUCUGGGGCCAGUCGUUAUACAUUCUGAGUGCCCUCUUAGCAGAGGGGUUUCUGGCCACUGGUGAAAUUGAUCCCUUAAAUAGAAGGUUUUCAACUGCUUUUAAACCUGAUGUAGUUGUUCAAGUACAUGUUUUAGCUGAGACCAAUGAAAUUAAGAAACUUCUGAAACGUCAUGGAAUCCAUGUCCAGAGCAUUGCUGACAUUAAUCCUAUCAGAGUUCAGCCAGCACGGAUCCUGAGUAACCUUUAUGCCAAGCUUGGACGCAACAAAAGUCUGAAACUGAGUGGAAGACCCUAUAGACAUAUUGGUGUCUUGGGAACAUCCAAACUAUAUGUAAUAAGAAAUCAAACAUAUACAUUUACUCCUCAGUUCACAGAUCAGCAUCACUUCUACCUGGCAUUAGACAAUCGUAUGAUUGUGGAGAUGCUGCGAACUGAAUUGGCUUAUCUCACUUCUUGCUGGAGGAUGACUGGAAGACCAACCCUCAGUUUCCCAAUCACUAACACAAUGCUUGUUGAUGACGGCUCUGAUAUUGAUCCAGCAAUUCUUGCUACUGUGAGAAAACUUGGGGAUGGAUACUUUGGAGGAGCCAGAGUGAAACUGGGCAAACUCUCAGACUUUCUGACUACUUCGUUCUACACCAACUUGAGCUUUCUAGAUCCUGAUUGUGAUGGGAAACUAUUUGAUGACGAUAGUGAGGGUUAUUCUAGCCCGGAAAGUGGCUACGAACUAGAUUAUGCAGACUUUUGUGACAAAGAAAGCCAAGAUGAACUGGACCAGUAUAUACACAAUUUGUUACAGAGCACCGCUCUCAAAUGCUACCUGCCUCCUAUCACGAAAGCUUCUGGCUCAUCCUGCGUGUUUAGUGCUGCUCAUUCCACUAGAGAAAUUCUGUCCAUCAUGGCCAAGACAAAGGGACUGGAUGUUCCAAAUGUUUCAAUGUCUUUGCCUACAAAGGUUUUAAACACCCAUCGGAAAUCUCUGAAUCUUGUUGACUCUCCACAUCCAGUGGUGGGUAAGGAGCCAGAGACAAGUGUUCCUCAGCGUUCUCCAGAUGUUCUUCAUUUGCCCAAAGAUGCUCAUGGAGAUUUGGACUGCGAGAAAUUAGUUGAGCAGUUAAAGGAAUGUCCCACUUUGCAUGACCAGGCAGAUAUAUUAUACAUCUUGUGUCUAUUAAAAGGUCUUGACUGGGAAACACAGCUCCAUGGUCAAUGUGGAGUCACCGUUCAUUGCCUCCUCAAUGAGCUCUACAGCAAAGCAGGCCUGAACCAAGAAUGGGGAUUGAUCCGCUAUAUUUCUGGCAUACUCCAAAAAAGAGUGGAGGUCCUAGCUGAGGCUUGCACAGACCUCCUGUCACAUCAGAAGCAACUGACUGUUGGCUUGCCUCCUGAACCUCGUGAAAAAACAAUCACAGCGCCUUUGCCACCUGAGGAACUUACCAAACUCAUCUAUGAAGCCAGUGGCCAUGACAUCAGCAUCGCAGUCCUUACACAGGAAAUCAUGGUCUACUUGGCAAUGUACGUCCGGUCACAGCCCAGUCUCUUUGCAGAGAUGCUCAGGCUCCGCAUUGGGCUCAUUAUUCAAGUGAUGGCCACAGAACUUGCUCGCAGCUUGAAUUGUUCAGGUGAAGAAGCCUCUGAAAGUUUAAUGAAUCUAAGCCCCUUUGAUAUGAAAAAUCUCCUCCACCAUAUUCUCAGCGGGAAAGAGUUUGGAGUCGAAAGGAGCAUGCGUCUCCUUGAUUCCACUACAUCAAGUCCAGCUAUUUCUAUCCAUGAAGUGGGCCACACAGGAGCAACGAAAACAGAAAGAUGUGGCAUCACGAGGCUGAAGAGUGAGAUGAAACAGAGGCAUAGGAAGCAAAGUAGUGAUCAGUUCUUCUAUGGGGGCCAUUCCACAUCCAGCAGCUUGCACUCUUCCAGGUCCAUGAGAUGCAGUAGCCCAUCUUCUCCUACUAGCACCUCGUCCCUCACAGGUUCAGGCGGACACAAUAUCAGUUGGGGCGACCGACAAGGACAGUGGCUUCGCAGGAGGCGUCUGGAUGGUGCCAUUAACAGAGUCCCUGUGGGUUUCUACCCAAAAGUCUGGAAGAUCCUUCAGAAGUGUCACGGUCUGUCCAUCGAUGGCUAUGUCCUUCCUUCUUCAACAACAAGGGAGAUGACUGCUUGUGAAAUCAAAUUUGCUGUCCACGUGGAAUCAGUACUGAACCACGUUCCUCAGCCAGAAUACAGGCAACUACUAGUGGAGGCCAUCCUUGUUCUGACUCUGAUGUCAGAAAUUGAGGUGAACAGCAUUGGGAGCAUAAUUCAUGUGGAUCGGAUUGUGCACAUAGCCAACGAUCUCUUCCUUCAGGAACAGAAGGCCCUUGGAGCAACUGAAGGCUACUUGGAGCAAGACCAGGGUACAGGAAUCUGCUAUUUCUUCUAUGACAGUGCCCCAAGUGGUGCUUAUGGGACAAUGACUUACCUAACAAAAGCAGUGGCAGGUUACCUGCAGGAAUUUCUUCCGAAUACAGGUUGCCUGAUGCAAUAAACUGUGUGAAAUACAAGGAAAAUACAAGAUCAUUUUUAAAAUAACAUGUUCUAUCUGUCCCCUUUAUUUAACUCUGUUUCUCUCCUUAGUCUACCUCAACACUGUGAAUAUCAUUUGACCAUUUAGAGAAGGGAUUGGCCUACAGAGGAUAUCUAAGGUGUUCUUGUAAGCUGCGCUCCUGUCUAAGAAUUUGGAUCUGCUCAGACGCAGGAACAUAAAAUUAAGUAUUUAGUUAUUGGUGCAGGAAAGGGGUUCCUAAAUGUAAGAAAAGUGCAUCUCCAAAACAAACAUCCAGUUUGGUUUGACACUGUUUUAAGAUAAACAUAGUACAUUAGUAUUUAUGUGGGAUCAACUCAUUUAAUAAUAAAUUGAACACAAUUCUUCUUCAAGAAAAGGAGAAGCGGUCAGGUGCAACUUUGGCUGUUUAAACUGGAAAUCUUCCAAAACUACUUUAAAAUCUGAAACAAGCAGGAAAUAUAAAUUAUCAUUUCAUUUGCAAUUUCUAAAAGAGCAAGACUAGAAAUGCCUUCAUUUUCACUGUGGUUCCAGCCAGGCCAUCAUAAGAACAGUGGUGAUAUCAUUGUAAAAUGAAUAUGUGAUGCCAUUAAUUUUUCACUAGACAGUUACAUGGCUUGUACUUUGUUGGGACAGUGUAGCUAAAGUCAUGUGCAAUCUAUGGUUCUAAAGUACUUAUAAAACUAGAGGGUGCUGGUGCUUUGCUUCUAAAGUGCUGCUAAAGUUCUGGUGGUGAAAAUUUCAGAACUCUAACAAAACUUUCAAAAUUUCAUUAUAAAUAAAAGGGUAAAGGUAAAGGUUUCCCCCUGGCAUUCAGUCCAGCCGUGUCUGACUCUGGGAUGUGGUGCUCACCUCCAUUUCUAAGCCGAAGAGCUGGUGUUGUCCUUAGACACCUCCAAGGUCAUGUGGCCGGCAUGAUUGCAUGGAGUGCCGUUACAUUCCCGCCAGAGUGGUACCUAUUGAUCUACUCACAUUUGGAUGUUUCCGAACUGCUAGGUUGGCAGAAACCGGGGCUGACAGCAGAAGCUCAUGCCACUGUCAUUAUAAAUAACAGUUCCUAAUUGGUUCUGUUGUAAAAAUCACCAAUAAUGAAAUAAUAAUGAAAUUUUGAAAGUUUUGAUAGAGUUCUGAAAUUCCACCACCAGAACUUUAGCAACACUUUAGAAGCAAAGCACCGGCUUUAGCAACACUUUAGAAGCAAAGCACCAGCGCCAUCUAGUUUUGUAAGUACUUUAGAACCAUUUAGAACCACGGAUUGCCCAUGCCUAGUAGCUAAUCACAUUGAUGUAUUUCCAUGUGAUGAAAACAUAUCUGCAGGACUGACUGACCUGAAGAUCCCCAUGGUGCUUUCAUGUUGAUUGUCGCCCUGUUUGGAUAGAGAUUUUAUAACAUUUUCAAAAGUGCAGUUUCACAUUUAGCCAGUUAUGGUAUACAUAACUGUACAUUCACACUUGCAUAUGCUCUACAGAUUUCUCAAGAUUGUCCCAGUUUAAAAUGCUGGUUGGGGAACUCCAUGGUGCAAAUCCUUGCCUGUUGACAGUACAUCAGAGAGAGGUUUUGAGUUGUUAUAUUAUUUUGUCAGGUUGUCCCAUAUUUACUACUUCUCACUCCAUCUCAUGUCUGCUGCUGUUAAACUCACAGGAGGCAAACUCCUACAAAUGGCAUGCUUGUGUGAAACUAAAAUUGCAGAUAAAGCUUACAUAAUCUACCAACUGAGGAAAUACAAAGUGCUUUGGAAUCAGGGUAUUCUUUUUGUUUCUAGCUUGUACUUUGCUUGUCUUUAAAGGUUUGUUUAAAACUUAGUGUGCGUGCUGAAUCAACCACGUUCAAAAGGGCUGAAUCUGGUAUGUCAUAGUCCCUAAUCAGAGUUGAAUUUGAAGAGUUGUGCCCCUGGCUAAAGUACAUAUUUAAAAAACCGUUUAAUUAGAGUUUUUUAAAAAACCCUUGACUUGAUGGGCAAGUAUGGAACAUUAACCUGUAACUCCCAACCUCUCAGAAGAAAUGGCAUAAAAGGAACAUUGUGAGCAAAUGCACAAUUUGGUACAAAGCCUUUUCUGUCUUCCUGCAAAGAUCUAACAGCCCUAGCACUUGUUUGUAGAUAAAUGAUUACAUUGAACUCAGAGGGACAGAUUUCGAAACAAAUGUAUAGAGGAUGAAAAAAGAAGGACAUGGUGAGCUUUAAAAAUGCAACAUUGUUCACAUAUGAUGUAGUUUGUAUAUAAAAUGUUGUGCAUGUACAGUUUAGAAUGUGAUCAUUCAGAAAUAAAAAUGGACCUGAGAAAUUAAA